AUGACGAUACACCACCACUUUCUGGAUGAAAUCGAGACUUUGUUGGAGCCCAAUGAGUCGAUAGAAGAACUUGUCAGGUUGGGCGUUCUGGAUCUGGAAUUGAGGCUUCAAGAGAGCGAUACCUCAAUGUUAUCGGGAGAAGUGAUGAAAAGUAGGCCGUUGAAGUUUGAAAAAUGGGGGGCUCAUCGAAUUCCUCUUGCGCUGGAUUUUGGUGGUAGUUUCAUUAAGCUAGCUUUCAUCGAUCCGGAGAAUGGCUGCAUUCUGAAGCACCACAGUUUAGCAGUGAAGAGGACCAUUGUCGAUAAAAGGCUGUUUCAAGAUGUGGUGGAUUGGAUUUGUCAGCAAAUCGACGUUUUUUUGGGAGAAUCUGGAACCAUUUGCCCCAUCGACUACGUGAUGGGCGUAACGUUCAGUUUUCCGCUGGACUUGAAUGGUGGACUCACCACUAUGGGAAAGGGCUUCAUAUUGACCGAUGAAUUAAAAGGAGCGAAAGUUACUGAGCUACUACAGUGGCAUUUUGAUCAAACUGUAGGCUCUAGAGACGCUUCGUUCAGUGUGCUGGUGUCAGGUAUCGUCAACGACAGCGUCGCAGUGUAUCUGGCGAAUGCUGUCACCAACGCUCAAAAAAACAACAUUUCAUUGAUUUUGGGAACGGGAAUAAAUGCUUGCUUUUCAAUACCAGCUUCCCGCCUUCCCGCGAGAAAGCUACCAGCAGAUGCUAAGCCUCUCGACACUGUGUUGAUUAAUUCUGAACUGGGGUUUUUGGGUCAGCGUUUCAUCAACCUCACAGGCUUCGAUUGUACUAGCGAACCACAUAUGCCAUUGGAGUUUGUCACCUCAGGCAGGUGGAUACCUCAGACACUUUAUAAUAUUUUGAAGAGCUAUCAUUUACUUCCUAAAGUUAUAAGCGGGCUGGAGUUCGAUGGAAAGCUAGUUUGUGGCAUCUUAGAUGGAUCGAAGACGUCAUUGUUUGAUGAAACUCAACAGGAUGUGCAAGAAAUUACACGCUUUUUGAUAAAGAGAGCUGCUAUAUAUGCCACUGCUGCUCUUUUGAGCAUCUUACACUUUACUGGAUCCACACAGAGCGGGGUUGUACGUAUUGGAUAUGUCGGAUCCUUUUUACAACACUGCUAUGAAUACAAAAACUUGAUUCAAGAAUUUAGUCAGGGCCGCUUGGAGCUGGUUUUUUUGGAACAUAGCAACUUAAUCGGGGCCUUCGUGAACUCCGAGAUGAAAUUAAGAGUUCAAUUUUAG